AUAAAAAAAAAAAAAACUAUUCUUACCGUUUCUUUGUUGGUCAAACAACUUUCCAUUUCUAAUUUCUAAUUAACAACUUUCCAUAAAUAAAUUACCAAAUUAACGAAUUUAAAAAUUCAGCAUAAAAGGAGGGAAAACAAAAACCCAAACCCAUUUCGAUUCAUUCAUCUUCACUCUUUCAGAGCAAAUUCUGUAACUUUUCACUCAAACCAAACCAAAAACUGGAUCUCAAUUCAUCUUCACUCAAACCAAACCCAACAAUGGAUCUUAAUUCAUCUCCAUCACAGCUCAAUCAGAGCAACGUUGAUGCCAAUGACAAUUCUUGUCACCAGAACGAAUCGGCUGAAUUUUCACUCAAACCAAACCAAACAAUGGAUCUCAAUUCAUCUCCAUCACAGCUCAAUCUGAGCAGUUUUGAUGCCAAUGACAAUUCUUGUCACCAGUUCCGGGAGAAGACAAUGGAUGGUCAUGAACCUACUGAUUUGCUGGUUCAUACAGUCGAGGCCUCUGCUGUGCCAGAAUUGCUCAGAAAGAAGACUACGUUGAAAAGGGCGGUUGUACUAGGUCUAUUCAAAGAGUACCCUAUGAAGGGAAAAUCGUUAGGUCGACCUAAGGCUUUAAAGAUUGGACAUGAGAAAGCUAAAACAGAAUUCCAAGGCACUGUUGUUAUCGUUGGUGGUACUGGUGACAAUGAUGGUGACGAAUCUCAAAUUGUGCGUGCAGAAAAAAUUGUCGAAGAAAUUCCUUUGCCCACUGGCAUCGAGAUGAAAAAGAUAUUAGAAUUUGAAUUUCCACCAGAAGAUAUUGGAAAUGUGUUGCAGUUUUUAGAGUUCUACAGAGUGUUCGGAAAGGCUCUUGACUUCAAGAAAGGAGAAGCAGGAUUGAUUUUGAGAUCAUUGACACGCAUGCAAAAUAUGCGAUACGUACAUAAUACUCUGGCGAUUGAGUUCCAAGUUGGACUAUUGUCUCUAAUAGUAUCUGACUCAGAUAUGCAGCCUGCAUCCAUAACUGCCAGCAAUGGCAAAAGCUCAUGGUUGAAUGUUAUUAAGAAUAUAAUUGCUGAGUCUGAUUGUGCACUGAAGGAUUUUCCGUUGGAUUGGCUCAAUAGAGGCAUCAGCGGCUAUUAUGAUUUGGACUUGUCUCAAAAACUCGUCCUUCUGAAUUUCAUAUGUGAUGAAGCUCUGGGAACAAAGACGCUAAGGACAUACAUUGAUUCUCAAAAUGCAACAUUUACUGAAGAAAAGAAAGCAGCAAAAUCGAAGGUUGCUGAUGCUAAGGGAAAGGAAAGAAAUCUAAAGUUAAAGCUGCUAAAUGAAACAGCGAAAGCUGUUAUGUCAACUGAGUUGCAAGAUGAGAAGGGAAAAGCUGUUAUAUCAACUGAGGUGCAAGAUGAGAUGGCCGAAGAUAUUAUGUCAACUGAGGCGCAAGAUGAGAUGGCCGAAGCUGUUAUGUCAACUGAGGUGCAAGAUGAGAUGGCAGACACUGUUAUGACAACUGAGGCUAGCCUUCCAAAUUCAGAUCAUGAAACUCUUCUUGCAAACUUAAAAAGUGAUGCAGAUAAAGCUCAUACUGAUUUGCUUGAGGCAAAGGGAGCAAUUCGUAAAUGGAAGAAAUGUUGUGAUGCUGUGAGAGUCGAGCCUGAGUACAUGGAUACCAGUGGCAGGGCAUUCUGGAAAUUAGGAUGCUGUAACGAUGAAUAUUCCUUCUUGUUACAAGAUGUCAAGAGAGAAGAUGGAGAUUCUGUUGAAGCUGAUGAAAAAUGGUUCUUUUUUGGAGCUGAACAGAAGGAUGAGGUUAAUAAGUAUAUUGCCUCGAAGAGAAAGUUUGGUUACCAAAGCUGACUUCAGUAUAACUAUUUCACAGCCUGGUUAGAAAAUACAUGGUAUACUGUUUAACAGCUUGACUACAACAUACAUGCCAGUCUGCUAGGGGUCCUUCCAAUUUUUUGGUGAUAGUGACAAGGGUCCAUAGGAUUCAAUGUAAUUAGUUACAAUUUGUAGCUAGUUUAUUUUCUUGUACUGUAAUUCUGGAUGCAUAUUGACCAAAUAUUUUGAGGUAUAGUGUUUUUCAAUCAAUAUUUAUUGCUACUAGAUCUAUUAAAGGAUGAUUCCAUUUUGGCUA